AUGGGAACACCUUCAACGUCAGGAGCUAACGACGAAAAGUCGUCAACUUCCCCUGACGAAAUUCUACCAGAGAGGGAGGAAACUGUUCUCGCUAGUAAUGGGAAUGUCAUCGACGAUGGUUUACAACGCGGUCUCAAAAAUCGCCACCUACAAAUGAUCGCCUUCGGCGGCGUAGUAGGAGCUAGUAUCUGGUACGGGUCUGGCUCAGCGAUCUCCUAUAGCGGGCCCGUCGGCGCUUUGAUAUGUUUCCUCAUCAUUGGCAUUGACGUCUUCUUCGUCAUGCAAAGCCUAGGCGAGAUGGCGACGCUAUUCCCCAUCCAAGGCGCUUUCAUCGAGCUCGCCGGUCGAUUUGUCGAUCCGGCACUGGCGUUUGCGCUCGGGGUUAAUUAUUGGUAUGCUUGGGUGACGAAUAUCGCCAAUGAUUAUAACAAUAUCUCGCUGAUCAUGGGGCUUUGGACCGAUGCGGUACCGUCGUAUGCUUGGAUAUUGAUCUUUUGGGUUGGCUUCCAGUGUACCUCGCUCCUGGGCAUCGUGGUUUACGGCGAGAUGGAGUUCUGGCUCGCAUGUUGGAAGCUUAUCUGUGUCGUCGGUGGUUUCCUCGUCGCUAUUCUUGUCAACACGGGAGCUAUCGGUGGCGAGUACAUUGGAUUCCGAUAUUGGCGUGACCCUGGGGCGAUCGCAAACGGGAUCAACGGUUUCGGAAAGACUUUCGUCUUAGCCGCAGUUUAUUACAGCGGCACGGAGAUGCUGGCUCUGACUGCUGCCGAGAGCCGCAAUCCGAAGAGGGACUUGCCCAAGGCGAUCCGACAGACGUUUUGGCGCAUAUUAAUCAUCUUCUUGGGUUUGGUCUUCUUCGCUGGGAUUAUCGUGCCGUAUAACGAUAGCUCGCUUCUAACGGCGACUAGCAAGUCUGCACAGUCUCCUUGGACAGUUGCUCUCGUGCAUGCCGGUUGGGCGGGAGGCGGGAACCUGGUAAACGUCGUUAUGAUUACCGCGCAGCUAUCGUCUGUCAAUAGCGCCAUCUAUGUCGCUUCACGAAGCCUUGUAGCGCUUGCGGUCAACGGUCGUGCACCCGCCUUCUUCGCCCGGACCACAGCCAAUGGUGUACCUGCUAACGCUAUCAUCUUCUCAAACGUGCUCGGUCUUCUAGCCUUGCUAAACAUCGCCGCUACUCCUGGAAAGGUAUUUAGUUAUCUGAUUAGCAUUUCUGGAGCUGCCACUUUCAUCGCGUGGGCCUUCAUAGGCGUCACACACCUAAGGCUACGCCGGGCCUGGGUGUUGCAAGGUCACAGCAUCAGCGAGCUACCUUACCGGGCUUUUCUAUACCCGUAUGGUGCUUGGUUCGUCGUGCUACUAAAUCUGUUCCUUGUUUUCAUUUCCGGGUACGAGGUCUUCGUCGGGGGCUUCGCAGCGGUGGAUUUCGUCUUCUCAUACGUCGUGAUUGCGAUAUUCACGGUUCUGUACUUCGGGUGGAAGCUCGUGAAGAGGACUAAGAUUGUUCGAUUAGCUGAUGCGGAUCUCGUGAGUGGUAGAAGGGACUACUUGGUUUCGGAGGAGGAGAGUGCCUCGGAGAAGCCUGGGGUACCGUGGUAUAUUACAGUGAAGAGGAUCAUAUUUAGUUAA